CUUUAAAAACGCGCUCGAUUGGACGGAUUCCUCCCACAGACUCGCAUCACCCGCAAGACAGUGCAUCGACGAAACCAAAGACAAAGAAAAAAAACGCGAUGGCAGCCCGACUUUCAACGGCUUUCUUCCGCUGGUUUGUUGCGCUAUGGCUCGGCAUGAUUGCCACCGUUAGCGGGCACGGCAUGGUGCUGGAUCCGAUCGCGCGUGCAUCUCGCUGGCGUUGCAAUCCGCUCGCCCUGCCCAACUACACCGACAACGAGCUGUUCUGUGGCGGGUUUCAGGUACAGUGGGGCACGUACGGUGGCCGGUGCGGAGUGUGCGGCGAUAGCUAUGGAGAUCCGCAGCCCCGUCGCCACGAGCUCGGUGGCAUGUACGGGCAGGGCGAUAUUGUGCGGCAGUACGCGCAGGGUAGCGUGAUCGAGGCGAGAAUCCGGCUGACGGCAAACCAUCGAGGAUACUUUUACUUCGAUCUGUGCAAUCUGUCCUCGAACGGUGGUACGGAGGAUGAGGCCUGCUUCGGCCGCAAUCCACUAUACUUGGUGGACGGCAGCCGGAACUGGAGUUUGCCUUCCACCGCGACUGGCGAGUAUCGCGUCAGCUUGAAGCUGCCCGAUGCGGUCACCUGCACGCAUUGCAUUUUCCGCUGGACAUAUGUGGCAGGAAACAACUGGGGCUACUGUGACGACGGAACGGGCAAACUUGGCUGCGGACCGCAGGAAACGUUCAAAACCUGUUCCGACAUAAGGAUAGCCGCUCCUCAGGAUGUUAUUCCUAGCUUCGCUUACUGCACUAAAGCUGUUUAGUUGAGUCGAAUCUACAAACCUAAGUCCUCCUGUUCACUUACUGUACUAUAUUAGGCAAAUAAAGAAAGGCAAAAAAGUUAACAAAUCCCUA